UAUGCGUGUGUGUGACUUCGUCAUAUGACAUUUUUCACGUCGCUCGUAUCGAGUCUGCCUUCGCCUUCGUCACUUGCUUUUUUCAACUUGCACGGGAACCAGGGCAAAAUCGAGCACCAAAAAAAACAUUAAAUUGUAGAAACAGCUUAAGAUGGCCAGUCAAACGCAGGGAAUACAGCAGUUGCUUGCUGCUGAAAAGAAGGCAGCCGAAAAGGUGGCCGAGGCCAGGAAACGCAAGGCGAGGAGAUUGAAGCAGGCCAAGGAUGAGGCCACCGAGGAGAUUGAGAAAUUCCGUCAGGAGCGCGAGCGCGCCUUCAAAGAAUUCGAGGCCAAGCACAUGGGCAGCCGCGAGGGAGUUGCUGCUAAAAUCGAUGCGGAUACUCGGGUGAAACUGUCGGACAUGGAGGGGGCGAUUCGGACGCGCAAGGAGCCCGUCAUCCAGGAGAUUUUGCAGUUCGUCUACAAUAUCUCGCCAGAGGUGCACAAAAACUACAACAAGAAGGUUUAGGGGCUGUUUCCAGCUGCUUUUAUUUGAUUGUUUUUGGCCAGCUCGCUCGCAAAAAUAUGCUCGUUUCUAUUGUAAAUUCGUUGUCCAAGUUCAACUCUUUUAAUUCAUAAUUUAGCCACUUAUUAAUAAUAGAGCGUACUAUAUGCCUAUACAUUAAUUAAACACUGCUGUAUUAUUAUUCCAUAUAUUAAAAUUUGUUGUUUCACCAAGAGAGUAUCCCUCGGUGCAGUUAUAAAAUUUUUAUAUUUCUCAUUCGUUAAUUUGCCUUGGCCAUUGUUUUCCAACUAUUUGUAUUGUAUUUUGUAUUUCAAUUAUGUUUAAUUCCGUACAAAUACAAGUUGUUUUCCUGAA